AUGACUUGCCUCACACGUGGCGGCGCCGGGAUUGGCAUUUGCAGCCUUGCUCGGCGGUUUCAUGAUCCCAGCUCCGUGGCGGCAACCGUCGACGGACUGCAUAUCACAGGGCUAUUAUGCGGAAGACGCGACCUGGCCAAAAGAGAUGGCGGGUUCGUCUGGUGGGCGGCAACCCCUGACAAUACCAAUUCAGCAGCCGUUGGGGCCGUCUUGUUCGGCCACUCCCCCCACAUUGACUUGGGGAUUCUGACUUUGGAAAUGAGCAGAGAGAUGUUGCUGGGCAUUAUUCUUAUUACGUUGGUUGGCAAUGAAUGCAUUAAGCUGCAAUUACAGAGCAACAGUGGCAAGUCUUGGCCGAUCCGUAGAAGCAAGGGAUGGAAACAAGGCGUGUGCACAGAGGAGCUAGUUGUGUUGGUGUCGUUACCCGAGCGGCCAGGACCGGAGAUGGUUGGCGGCCGUGGCCCAUGUCUGGCGGCAGCUUAUCUAGCACAAGGCGGCGGCCCCAGUUCGCCAGCUGCGGCAGGCCUAAGCUCUGUCAGCUCUCCGUGUGCUCUUGUCGCCUGGCCGCUGCUCGCUGCCCGCUUUAGCCUCGUACCCCACGCCCAAGCCUGCGUCUGCGCCCUCUUCUCCAGCCGCUGCCAAAUAUUGUUAGGUUGCGCCAACCGCCGACCAGACCAGGACAACCACCAGCCUUGUCCUCCCCCGUCCCUCGCGCCCGGCGACCGCUCUACAACAAUCCAUCAAACAUCAUCUGCUUUUAAAUACGACCCAUAUCGCGGCGUCCGCACCACCAGCGUCAAAUACACACCUCUUGGUGCGCGGCCCGCCUGUCAAGGCGCCCGUCCACCUGCCUUCUUCCGUGGCGGUAUGACGACGACCGCGCCAGUGCCUGUCACCUCUGCCUCGUCGAAUUCCUCAGCCAACGACUCUUCGCCCUCGGCCUCCAAGCCUGCGGCGCUGCCUCCGCUCACCACAACCACGCCCACCGCACGCCGCUCGACUCUCUCCCGCCCAAUGUCGCACGUAUCGAGGAACCGACUCUCCCAGUUCUCCACGGGAUCUGUCCCCUCCAAGUCGAGGCCUGAGUCCAACGCCUUCCCGCUCUUCCCUUCCACCCUAUCUUACACUCUUGUGCGCGAUUUCGCAUACCCAUAUACAAAUCCCCUCCAUUAUGGCCCACCUCCAGAAUCCUCCGGGCCGCCCUCGGGAUGGACUACUCCCGCCAGUGAGAGUCGCCGACUGUCCGACCCCCCCGUUGCGUGGGAUCAGCGCCUUUCCUCUCAGUUUUGGGGCUCCGACAGGGUCUCGCGCGCGCAUGAUAUCCCUCCCAUCCACUGUGGUGACGGAGGUCCUCCGUACAGCGAAGACGAGGACCUGCAAAGUCCUGUAGUGGCCACUCGACACCGCAAGCACAAGUCGACAGCAUCGGCCGGCGGCGCUCACCGCAGCCAGAUCCUCAACGCCUCCAACUACGACAGUGAGAGGGGCUACUACGUUGGUACCAGCGGAGAUGGCCAUGAAAAGUACUACGUCAACCAGGGAGGGGAAGCGAAUGGCCCCGGCGGCGAAUUCAUCACAUAUCCUCCCGAUCAAUCACGACACAGCCGUGCCUAUCAUUACGACCAAACUAGCCGGCCCCACGACGAGUAUGCUGCCGAAGACAACGCAAGCUCGCCUGCCUCUUCUGGCUUCCCGGAUGCGGACCAAUCUCGCUAUUCACGAGAUUACCAAUUCACCAUUACCUCGCCUGAUGAAGAAUUUCACGGUAAAGCCGUCGCGCUUUUUGAUUUCGAGCGUGAAAACGAAAACGAACUCCCUCUUGUGGAAGGCCAGAUUAUCUGGGUGUCGUACCGACACGGUCAAGGCUGGUUAGUAGCCGAAGAUCCCAAGACGCAAGAGAGCGGCUUGGUACCCGAGGAGUAUGUACGGCUGUUGCGAGAUAUUGAAGGCGGAAUGAAUAGUCUGACGGGCAAUGUCAACGACGCCAUGGGUUCUGGAAACGAUGUCAGCACCCCGACACAGGCCGAGCACUUUAGUCACAGCCAGCUAACGGGGACUGGCGGUGGUGCCGGCGGCGCAAAUGGAUAUCAUCAGCCCGUCGUGUCCAUGUUCUCUACUUCGAGCAAAGAUCUCAACCCUUACCCGACCGAACAGCUUGGCAUUCAGGCUGGACAGGCCCCACCACAAGUAGUGCACUACCAUGGUCAGCGCGGCGGCAGCCAGACUAGCACUCCGACAAUCUAUCAAUCGCAGGAUACUCCCACGCUGCCAAAGGAAAGCGAAGAUGGAGGCUCAAAAGAAAACAAGCGAUCGUCUCGCCAAGCAUCAAGAGACUCCAAAACUAUCGCUGCGUCCAAGGAGGAGGAGAACAUUCGCUCCCAGCACCGAUGA